UGCAGCGGAGGGAAAGUGAGAACGAUUAUUACCGCUAAUCUCAUGUUGUUAGCAGGAUUAUGCGAUUUAUACCGUUAAUUUUCAUGUUUUGAUGUGAUUGGUGGAGCCUAGGUAUGGCUCUGUGCUGCUCACUUUGUACGGAAUCUUUUACAUAAAACGCAGAGGUUCGCAUAGUGUAAGCGUGUUACUCGUAUAGUAUCACACACACACACACUUCCUGAAGCAGCGUCCUGUCCGUCCAGGGCUCUGCAGAGAGGUCAAACUAAAACCCAGACUGGUGUGUGAGCAGCUGCAGGAUGUCCGAGAGGGAGCUUGCGAGGCUUCGGCUUGCGCUUGUGGAGCGGCUGUCAACCCCCCUGAUUAAGGAUCUCCUGAAUGACCUUUUAGCUGAACGAGUCUUCAGUAACGAGGAGAGAGAUUCGGUAAUGGAGAAUCGGUCCAGGGCAGGCCAGGUGCGCCUCCUCGUAGACAUGGUGAGGAACAAAGGAGACGCAGCAAGUCAAAUACUGCUCGGUUACCUGAGGACCAGAGACCCUACUCUUCACCGUUUUCUGUUUCCACCCGCUGAGCAAGAGCCUGCUGCAGCAGACCUCUAGUUCCCGAGCCAGUGAUGAGCAGAAUUUGGAGUUUGGAUUACAUGGAGUAAAUUUGAUAAGGAUCUGGCACUUUUGUUAUUCUCAUCAAGAGUAUCUGUGCACCCCGCCUAGUGAGCAGCGGGGUCCUGCACGGUGGAGUACUGUCACCUGUUCUCCACCGUCUGUGUAUGGAUGAAACGAUCAGAGGGUGUAAGACUGGAUUUGUUUCGGGACUGUCUGAUUAACCAUCUGAUGCUGCAGCUGCUCCGACUCUGCUCAGGUUAUGCCGUGAUGGCUAAAACCAAGGAGGAUCAGAAGCAAACUUGUCUUUCACUCCUCAUGGAAGACCA